CCCCAACAGCUACUGGUGAAGGGCGUGGAAGAAGGCCACAAGGAAUGGGUAGACAGUGCCCUCGCCUCCGGCGCCAAUCCCAAACUGGAAUUACCAGAGGACUAUCCCAUUACGUCUCGAGGUUCCCUGCUGGCACUGACAGCUCUUCGAGGACAUGACCAUCUGGUACCUGUCCUCCUUGACGCUGGACUGCACGUAGACGACGGUGGGAGGUGUGGGUACACACCACUUCAAAUUGCGGUACAUUAUGGAUAUGACAAGGUCGUCGAUGCCCUCAUGAAGGCAGGGCCCGAGCUCCCAAAUGUCAACGCCAAAGAUAAGGAUGGUGUCACCUCGCUUCAUCUCGCCGCUAGAAAGGAUAGGGAGUACAGCGCCAAGGUCCUAAUAGCCGCUGGGGCCAACCUCAACGCCCGAGACAGCAAGAAGAGGACACCUCUCCACGUCUCGGUUUUUGGCAAAUCCACGAGGAUCAUGAAACUUCUCCUCGAUGCUGGUUGUGAUGUUCAUGCACUCAACGAAAUGGGUUUCUCCGUUCUUCACAUUGCAGCACUCUGCGGGAACGAAAACGCCGUCCAGGAACUAAGGAUGGCGGGGCUUGAGGCGGAUGAGGAAGACGCUACGGGUCUUACCCCGGAACAGGUGGCAGAGACCUGGGGGAGCCACAGCACUGCCUGGCUCCUUCGAAAAAUGCCCAGGGCGUCGCGAGUUGCCCCUUCCGCUUCAACUCAGAUCAUGAUGCGGAGGAGUUGGGACGAAUACGAAGUUGAGGGACAAAAGACUUUAACGUGGGUGAAGGAUGGACUGGCGUACCUCUUGGAGGCUAACUCUCCUGUUAACCGUGACCCACACUAUCAAGACGCUGCCGGCUGGACGCCGAUGCACUGGGCGGCUCAUCUCGGUUUAACUUCAACCGUUCGAGCUAUUUCAAAAUCCUGCUCUUCAUAUCAUGGGGCUGUAAACUACGCGGGUGACACACCAGCCCAACUUGCUGCCACGGCGGGCCAUACCUUGCUGGCGCAGGAACUGUCAACAAUGGCCGUGGUGAAAGAGAAACAAUCGCCGGAGGAACUUUACUGGAAACUGCUCGUCACCAUCAGUACCAACGACGACUUGGUUAAAGCCGUGAAACUGCUGACCGCAGGGGCUCCACUCCAGAUCACCCAAGACAUCCAUUCCGAAGCCCUAGUCCUUGCUGUCAGCUGUAAUAGACCACGUAUAGUGACACUCCUGGCGGCUGCGGGGGCGCCCCUCACCACUAUUAGUAGUGGCCUUUCCCUCCUCCAAGUAGCUUGGCUAACUCCUGAUGUAACUGUGCGCGUCAAGGUCCUUGUCACCAGGCUAUUCCUGAACACACUCCAGACAGAACAAAAUCGUAUACGAUCUGAAGACUCUGUCCUGAGGAAUGGAAUUGAUCACCUCUUAAAGAGCUUGCGAGGUGAGACGCCUUGGCUGACUUGCUGGCCUUACAGAGACAAAGCUUACGGCGACCUGACCAACCUCCUGGUGCUCGCCGCUCGCAACAACUGCCCUCUCACUGGUACAUUCCUCAGGCUGUGUGGCGCUAUGCCUUUCAACAGGAACGACCAAGGAACGACUCCACUUCAUGCUGCCUUGGAAGCUAACCAUCUGGGUAUGGCAAGGUCGAUAAUGCGGGACCUCGGGGGGUGUCUUUACGUGGCCAACUCCGAAGGGAAGUUCCCAAUCGACCUCCUUCCGUGGGACAUAAGACAGCAGCUGGAAGAGGCAAGUCGUGUGGAGGCCCUCAGAGCACUCAAGCCACUGCCGUUCUCUGCCUUCCUCACCGACAGCUUUGGGCGGGAACAUUCCUACUUCAGAAUCUCCCUCACAGAAAAAUGCAACCUGAGAUGCCAGUACUGCAUGCCUGCGGAGGGUGUGAACCUGACCCCAAAGGACAACCUGCUCAGCGCCCCGGAGAUCAUCAGGAUAGCACGGCUCUUCGUGUCCGAGGGGGUGGACAAGAUCAGGCUGACGGGGGGGGAGCCUAUGGUCAGGAAGGACCUCACCAGCAUUGUCGAGUCCCUGGCUGGGCUGGGCGUGAAGCAGCUUGGCCUGACCACCAACGGGCUGCUUCUCAAGAGGCGAUUGAGGGACCUGCAGCUGGCCGGCCUCACGCACCUCAACGUCUCUCUGGACACACUCAUCCCGCAGAAGUUUGAGCUGAUCACUCGGCGCCGGGGCUGGGACAGGGUCAUGGAGGGCAUCGAUGUAGCCCUCGACCUUGGCUACGCACCCGUCAAGAUCAACUGCGUGGUGAUGCGCGGCAAGAACGAGGAAGAGCUGCCGGCCUUCCUGGAGCUGACCCGGUACAAGAACGUGGACGUGCGCUUCAUAGAGUACAUGCCCUUCGAUGGGAACAGGUGGGUGGACAAGAAGAUGGUGAGCUACAGGGAGAUGGUGACCCAGCUCCAGCAAGCCUUCCCCUCACUGGCCAAGAUCUCGGACAAGCCCAAUGAUACUUCCAAGGCCUACAAGGUGCCUGGGUUUGUGGGUCAGGUUGGCUUCAUCACCUCCAUGUCGGACAACUUCUGCGGCUCCUGUAACAGACUGAGACUCACGGCCGACGGCAACCUCAAAGUGUGUCUCUUCGGGGCGGCGGAAGUCUCCCUUAGAGAUGCAUUAAGGAACGGCUGCACUGAUGAGGAGCUGCUGGAGGUGGUUGGGGCAGCUGUGGGGAGGAAGAGGCGCCAGCAUGCAGGCAUGCAGAACUUGGCCAAACUCAAGAACCGUCCCAUGAUUCUAAUUGGAGGAGGAGGAGGAGGUGAUUCAUGGUUCGGUCCUCUCCUCACAGCCCCUCCUCACAUCUCUCCUGGCCACACCACACCACACCACACAGCCCCAUCCACCACACCCCAUCACAGUCUCAACAACACAUCAAACACCAUCCCAACCUCACCUCACAUUCCUCUCACCACCCACCACCACACUACCUCUACCACCUCUGUACCACCACACCACAGCCUCGACACCACCCUUCACAUUCCAGCCACCACUGCACACCACCACAGCAUCACCAAACACCAAGCUCGCCUCUUCCACACCACCACCACCGCCACCUUUUGUCAAGAUGCACCACACGAGGGACAGCACAAAGGCAGCACCCGUUCACAGGAGUCUCAGGAACUUGUAACAGAAGCGCCAGAUCACAAUGCACUCUUUUGGCGUCAGUUUGGCCACCACCACCAGUCUGAAAGUGACCUUGAGAUGGACACACAAGACCACCAGACCCAGAGCAUGAAGGCAUGGGACUCUACAGCUAACAAAAUGGUCACACACACUAAUGCAAGCCUCAAAAACACUGUAGAAAGGAGUGCAGAGGGUCAACCAUAUGCCAGUCCAUCCAUGCCCCAACAUAAGACAACAAGAAUCUCCACCCAGUCAGGCCCUCACGGCAGCCUCUCCAGCACCCUAACACAUGUCAGCAAGUCAGGGGAGGCACGCAUGGUGGACGUUAGUGGCAAAUCAGUAACCCGCAGGCAGGCCGUGGCGAGGGCAGAGGUCGCGUUGGGUCCCACGGCCUUCCGACUGGUGCAGGAAAAUAGGGCGAAGAAGGGAGACGUGCUGGGCGUGGCGCGUGUGGCCGGGAUCAUGGCUGCCAAGAGGACGUCUGAGCUUAUCCCUCUGUGCCAUCCUCUUCCUCUUGAUAGCAUUGAGGUGAAUCUGAUGCUGCGAGAAUAUGAAGAAGAGGAGAGCGAAGAAGAACGGAGAGUUAGGAGGAAAAGAGCAGCUACGGAAGGGAGGAAAUAUGAGGAAGCAGAGAAUAGAAGAGAACCAGGAGACAGAAGAGAGAAAGCACUUGACGAGAGGGAAUAUAAGGGAGGAAAGAGCGAAAACACACCUGACGAGAGAGAGAGUAAGGUAAAAGACAGCAAAGAACAGGAACUAACAGAAGGAAGAAAACGUGAGGAAGAGAAUGAAGGAAAACCGACGGAAGUAAGGAAAAAUACACGCAACAAGAGAGAGCAAGAGGAAGAAGAAAGCAACAAAGAACUGACAAAAGGGAGAGAAAACACACCUAACGAGAGAGAAAAAAGACCCCGCCCCGUACAUUUAGUUAUGAUCGAGGUCAAGGCAGUGACCAGCGGGCGGACGGGGGUGGAAAUGGAGGUUCUGGUGGCGGCCUCCGUUGCCGCCCUCACCGUAUACGACAUGUGCAAGGCCGUGUCGCAUGCCAUCACCAUAUCCAAGGUCCGUUUGGUGGCCAAGUCCGGUGGCAAGAGGGAUUAUAAGGCGGAGGUGUGAGGUCAUGAGAUUCGGUUCCAUUAAUUUUUGUGUUAGUUGUUUGUGUUGAAAGUGUGUUUGUUAUUGUUUUGUCAUUGAUUUUUUUAUUAGUGGAUGGUGGCAAAGAGGGAUUAUUAAGAGGCUGAGGUCAUGUGAUUGGAUUCCUUGUUUGUUUGUUUCUUAUAUUUGUUUGUUACUUGUUUGUUUGUUUGUGUGAUGAGUGUUUUGUUUUUUAAUUUUUUUGUGUUCCUGUUUUUUGUUUGUUUGUUUGUUCCUCUUCUUCCUCCUCCUCAUAUUUUUUGUGUUCCUUUUUUUUCUCACUUCUGUUUUUUGUUUUUAUCUUACUAUGUUUUGUUUGUGCUUUUUUUUCUUCUUUUUUUUUGUUUUUUGUUCUUUGUUUUGUAGUUUUUUUCCUUUCUCACUCAUUUCAAUGUUUGUUUUGUUUUGUUUUUGUGUGCGUUCUCUGUAGCGUUCUUUAUUGUUGCUUAUUGUUCUUGUUUUAUUAUACUCUGCUAUUCACUCAUUCCAUUAUGUUUUAUGAGAAUUAUUACAUACGAUUACUUGUACUCAGUCAAUAGUUACCAAUUAUGAUUACUUAGUGCUUAUGAGAUUGCUCUCCUUGCAUUAGUAUCAGCACCAGAUAGAGCUACCAUUGGGGCCUGGUGCUGCAAGUAAUUCUGGGAAAACACUAUAAUUGUUAUAAACACUAUUAGCUAUGAAAAUCUUAAUUUACACACAUCAUGCCUGGGCGGGUGGGCCCUGGUGCUGAGAUAUCAGCUCUCCCCCCCCUCUCUUGGGCCUUGGUUAUCAUUAUUAUUUUCACUGUUACUGUUGAAAUCCAUGAAAGGGCAUUAAGGUAAAAUAUAUAAAUUGCUCUAGACCCAAACAAGUCCCCUUGAUGGUGGAUAUAAAAAUUAGACAAAAAAUAGUUAUAAAAAAGUGACAGUAAAGUAAGAACAAACAAUGUGGUUCUGUCCCAAUGAACGUGCCUUGAAAGACUUUGUAAUCGCUGUGAUAUAAAAAAAAUGUGGCAGGAGUUGAGUAAUACUAUGUCCUGCGUGUGUGUCAGUAUUAGUAUUAAGUGAACUUAUUUUCUGUAUUGAAUGAAUGUCUGCUACUUAUUAAGAGGAGCACAGAGUGGCCAGACUUAAAAGGUGAAGGUGAAGUUUGCAGUGCUGAAAGUGAGCAAUAAGUGUGCAGUAUUGGUGCUCUCUCAUGGUCAAAGGAAAUGUAAAUGCAGCCAUACCUUGGUUUAUGAGCUCAAUUCGUUCCAGAAUUUCGCUCACAAACCAAAACGAACAAUACACAAAGAUCGUACACUAGAGCACAAACGUAAGUGGACACGAGUGUGUGGGUGCUACCUCUGUGAGUGUACAACGCAGCCUGAGACCCCAUUCCCAUUGUUUUCCCACUCUUUACAAACAGGAUGCCGCUCGUAAACCAAGGUAUUUUGUGUUUUUUUUUGCUCGUAAAUCAAAGCGCUCGUAAUCUGAGGUAUUACUGUAUUCUUAAAUUUGUUGAUUAUAGAAAAUACCGAUUACCUGAAGUUAAUUUUACAGCAGCUCACAAACUUUGUUACAGUUGACGUUAACCCUUUCUAUAUGUGACGCAGACGUUGGCGUCACAGCAUGGAAAGGGUCAAGAGGAAAUGGAAGGGGACUAAUCCUCUUGUAAACCUUUCAAUCCUCCUCUAAAUUCCUCUUAAUUCUCUUCCACUUCCUCUUAGGGUGCGACCACACUGCAUGCGGUUUGCUGGGAGGGUAGAGGGUAGCGGGACGCCUAUUGGGUCAGAGGCAAGAACAAACACAUUAUCUAAUAGGAGUGGCCAUACAGGACGCGGGUAGUGGGUAAGCUUGGAGGGAACCCGCUACCCACGUUCUAUAUGGCCACUCCUAUUAGAUAACGUGCUUGUUCUUGCCUCUGACCCGCUAGGCGUCCCGCUACCCUCUACCCUCCCAGCAAACUGCGUGCAGUGUGGCUGCACCCUUACAGAAAUUUAGAAGAGAAUGAAGAGGAAAUGGAAGAAGAUUAAGAGGUUUAAAAGAGGACUAAUGGUGAUGACGUCGGCGUCACCGGAUUGAAGGGGUUAAGAUUGGUGCUUGUAUUGAUGAUGAAGAAUCUACCUAAAUACAUAUAUUCUGUGUGUAUGGACUAAAAAUAUAUCUUUCAAUUUAUAAUGGAAAA